AAUGACAAGUGUCAUAUGUAUUAGCCUUAUAAUACUUUCAUGUUUCAUAUUCAAAUAAGCUCUUUCUUCUCCAUGCUUCUCUCUCACCAACUUUAAAACUCCAUUCUAAUACUUCCAUUUUUGUCUCUGAAAUCUCUCAAUCCUUCUCUUUCUCUGUAAAUAUCUCUCUGUCUGUCUCUCUGCCAUGGCCGUGGCAGAGCUAACAUCACCUACUGUUGCAUAUACCCACACCCCAACUCGUCUCCACUCUUCUUCUCAGCUUUCACUCUCUUCUACCCAUCUCUCUUUUCGCCUUCGCCGCUCCUUUCGACCUCAAAAUACUAGAAUUACUUGCUCUGUAGAUCAAGUUCAAGCCCCAGUUGCAGUUGAGACUAAGAAGUCUACAGACAAGUCUGAUUGCUUUGGUGUUUUCUGCCAAACAUAUGAUCUCAGGGCUGAGGAGGAGACAAAAUCAUGGAAGAAACUAAUUAAUAUAGCAGUUUCUGGUGCUGCUGGAAUGAUAUCCAAUCAUCUACUUUUUAAACUUGCAUCUGGUGAAGUUUUUGGGCCAAAUCAGCCUAUAGCAUUGAAACUAUUGGGAUCUGAAAGGUCUUUUCAAGCUCUUGAAGGAGUUGCAAUGGAACUUGAGGAUUCCUUGUAUCCUUUGUUAAGGGAAGUGAGCAUUGGAAUAAACCCUUAUGAAGUGUUUGAAGAUGCAGAAUGGGCUCUAUUGAUUGGAGCAAAGCCUCGAGGACCUGGCAUGGAACGAGCUGACUUAUUAGAUAUCAAUGGGCAGAUUUUUGCUGAACAGGGAAAAGCUCUUAAUGCUGUUGCGUCUCGAAAUGUGAAGGUGAUAGUAGUGGGCAACCCUUGUAAUACCAAUGCUUUAAUUUGUCUGAAAAAUGCUCCAAAUAUACCUGCAAAGAAUUUUCAUGCUUUGACUAGGUUAGAUGAAAACAGAGCAAAAUGUCAGCUUGCAUUGAAAGCAGGUGUGUUCUAUGAUAAAGUGUCAAAUGUGACCAUAUGGGGAAAUCACUCGACCACUCAGGUUCCGGACUUUCUAAAUGCUAGAAUAAAUGGCUUACCUGUCAAAGAGGUCAUAAAAGAUCACAAGUGGUUAGAAGAAGAGUUCACUGAGAUGGUCCAGAAGAGAGGUGGAUUGCUCAUUCAGAAAUGGGGACGAUCUUCGGCUGCAUCAACUGCUGUGUCCAUUGCUGAUGCCAUAAAGUCUUUAAUAACUCCCACCCCCGAGGGUGAUUGGUUUUCUUCUGGAGUUUAUACCAACGGAAAUCCAUAUGGCAUCGCGGAGGGCUUAGUUUUCAGCAUGCCAUGCAGAUCAAAAGGUGAUGGUGAUUAUGAACUUGUCAAGGAUGUAAUCUUUGACGAUUACCUUCUAAAGAAAAUUACUAAGACAGAAGCUGAGUUACUAGCUGAGAAGAGAUGUGUAGCCCACCUCACCGGAGAGGGUAUCGCUUUUUGUGAUCUACCUGAGGACACAAUGCUUCCCGGAGAAAUGUAAACUUUGAGUCUCAAAACACCAUUACACGUUUCUAAAAUACUUCAACAGCUACUUCAGAAGGCAGAAGAUGUGAUUAGAAAAAAUUGUUUAUUUAGAACUAAUUAAUUUCAUAUGUGCAUUAUGUUGCAUGUCGAAAUGUCAAACGCGUUAUUUUUUUAAAUAAUUUCUAAAUAUAUAAUUUGUAUUUCGUAAUUAUUAUAUCAUUAUAAUACAAUAUAAGUUCAAUUUCACGUGUGGAA